AUGUCUCGUCUUUGGUAUGGGAAGAAGGGAAGAAAGCAUCAACCAGUUAAUCAUAAAUAUGCUCUGGUAGUGUCAGUGGCUGAGUAUCACCGCAGGAUCGAUGCUCUAAAUAGCGAAGAACUGCGCACACUCUGCAGACGUCUCCAGAUAACAACAAGAGAAGAUACCAAUUCAAAACAGGCAACAAAUAUCAAAACAGACCUGGAGCCUGAAGCAUUCCGGCCAAAUCUUAGCGAUCCCAGUGAAUUACUCCAGCCCGAACAAAUUGAAAAGCUCACAAAGUCUCUUCCACCACGGACCAUUGGAUAUCCAUGGACUCUUGUCUACAGUACUGCAAAGCAUGGCAUGAGCUUGAAGACUUUGUAUCGAACUAUGAUGGGAUUAGACACACCUGUCCUGUUGGUUAUCAAGGAUAGUGAUGGACAGGUUUUUGGUGCGCUAGCAUCGGAACCUUUUAAAGUGAGUGACGGCUUUUAUGGUACUGGGGAGACAUUUAUGUUCACUUUUUCUCCAGAUUUUGAGGUUUUCAAAUGGACGGGAGACAACAUGUUCUUCAUUAAAGGAGACAUGGACUCCCUUGCUUUUGGUGGAGGAGGAGGGGAGUUUGCUCUUUGGCUCGAUGGUGAUCUCUACCAUGGAAGAAGUCAUUCGUGUAAAACAUUUGGGAAUCAUACACUUUCUAAGCAAGAAGACUUCAUUAUUCAAGACAUAGAAAUAUGGGCUUUUGAAUGAGCAUUUAACUAUUUCUACAGGGUAUUGUCCCAAACCUGACGUGAAUCAGUACAGCUCAAAAAUCCCUAGGAGCAAUACAAUGCACCAUUUUAUCGUUCUAGGUUUUUUUGUAAGUUUUCAGCAUGGCCAUCUAGUUAUUUUUUUUAAA